AUUUUACCGCGAUGAAUAUACUCUACAAAUCAUAAAGACAUUGGGACUAUAUAUUUAAUUUUUGGAAGAUGAGCUGGAAUAAUAGGAAUAAGAAUAAGAAUUCUUAUUCGAAUAGAACUUAGCCAACCUGGGACAUUAAUUGGAAAUGAUCAAAUUUAUAACGUAAUUGUUACUGCUCACGCUUUCAUUAUAAUUUUUUUUAUAGUUAUACCUAUUAUAAUCGGGGGGUUUGGAAAUUGGCUUGUCCCAAUUAUAUUAGGUGCUCCAGAUAUAGCUUUUCCCCGAAUAAAUAAUAUAAGGUUUUGAUUACUUCCACCUUCACUAUUCUUAUUAAUCAAUUCUUCUUUAAUUGAAUCAGGAGCAGGGACUGGUUGAACAGUUUACCCUCCUUUAUCUUCCAAUUUAUCACAUUAUGGCCCUUCAGUAGAUUUAGCAAUUUUCUCUCUUCAUUUAGCAGGAGCAUCAUCAAUUCUAGGAGCAAUUAAUUUUAUUACUACAAUUAUUAACAUACGAUCAAUUGGAAUAACUCUUGAACGUAUACCUUUAUUUGUUUGAUCAGUAUUAAUUACUGCAAUUUUACUUUUACUUUCCUUACCUGUUUUAGCAGGGGCAAUUACCAUAUUAUUAACAGAUCGAAAUUUUAAUACAUCAUUCUUUGACCCUUCAGGGGGGGGAGAUCCAAUUUUAUAUCAACAUCUAUUUUGAUUUUUCGGGCACCCCGAGGUCUACAUUUUAAUUCUUCCGGGAUUUGGAAUAAUUUCACAAAUUAUUUGCUUUAGAACAGGUAAAAAGGAACCUUUUGGAAACUUAGGAAUAAUUUAUGCAAUAGCAGCAAUUGGUUUACUCGGAUUUAUUGUAUGGGCUCAUCAUAUAUUUACAGUAGGAAUAGAUGUUGAUACACGAGCUUACUUCACAUCAGCCACUAUAAUCAUUGCAGUACCUACUGGCAUUAAAAUUUUUAGCUGAUUAGCUACUUUGCACGGCUCAAAUAUUAAUUAUAAUCCUCCUAUUUUAUGAGCAUUAGGAUUUGUAUUUUUAUUUACAAUUGGAGGAUUAACUGGUAUUAUAUUAGCAAAUUCAUCUAUUGAUAUUAUUCUACACGAUACGUAUUAUGUUGUAGCUCACUUUCAUUACGUUCUUUCAAUAGGUGCAGUUUUUGCAAUCAUAGGAGCAAUUGCUCAUUGAUUUCCUAUAUUUUUUGGAUUAAACUUUAACUCAAUUUUAAUAAAAACUCAAUUUUUUAUUACAUUUAUUGGAGUAAAUUUAACUUUUUUUCCUCAACAUUUUUUAGGCUUAGCAGGAAUACCCCGUCGUUAUUCAGAUUACCCAGACUUUUUUUCUAAAUGAAAUUUUAUUUCAUCUUUAGGCUCAAUAAUUUCAUUAAUGGGAGUAAUUUUAAUUAUUUCUAUUAUUUGACUUAGAUUCUUAGAAAAAAAAAUAAUUUAUUCUUCUCAUAUAACUAAUUGUUCAAUUGAAUGAAUAUUAAACUUUCCCCCAUCAGAACAUUCAUUUAAUCAAAAUAAUAUUAUUUUAAAAUAA